UUAUAGAGGCAGCAACUCGACCGCAGCAUUCACUAUUUUCGGACCUCCCAGUAUUCAAAAAAUCUCGAAUGAUGGAUGCUAGAAGAGACCUGUGUUUGAUUCUUCUCAUCUCAUCGUAUGUCCAGUAUGCUAAACCUAAUAUUCUGAUUGACUACAGCUCUAACACCAAAGCUCAGGUUAGCCAGGGCACCCAAGCAGAGUUUGAAUGUUCCCCAUCUCGACAAAUCCCUGCUGCUUCAUUGCGAACCGGUUGGAUUAAGUGGUGCCGAAACACAAGAUAUUCGACGUCCACCCAAGUCAUCGCACGGUGGUCAAAUGAUGGAGGAACUGAGAUCUUACUAGAUGACCCUGAUGGACGAUAUAGCAUUGAAGGUGGACUCUCAGGGGCAGGACGUUUCAGACAAUACCUGACCAUUCGUCAAGUUCAAAGGAUAGACCAGACUGACAACACUGGUUACUAUUGUGCUUUAUUCAACUCUUCUGGGAGUCUCUUGGUGAAAUCUACAUACGCUCCAUUGACCGUCAAAUAUCCACCUGCAGACCACUACCCUCUUUGCACGGCGACACCGGACGACAUCUCCAAAGACGUGGAGCUGAUGUGUACAUCAGAAAAGACUACUCCAGGAGUCACUGUACAGUGGUAUAAAGACGACGUUAAGGUUUCAGAUGCACAUCAGAGUGGCUACAAAACUAAAUCUAAGUAUGAUGCUCGUAGAGAUGAAUUGCUCAGCGAAUUCGAAUGCCGGCUAUAUUACCGUGACGGAGAUGUUGUCGAAAUUCGGCGAUCUUGUAAAUUCGGUCAACCGCGCGUGGCUAUUCUCAGAAUGGGAGGAGACCCUCGUACAGGAGAAAAACGAAUACCACGCAUUCACCGUAUCUAACCCACCUCUCAUAUCGGACAUCAACUGCACACUGGAAGCAUCUUCCGCCACUUCUCAGCGGUUCGACGUCGAGUUUCCUGGUUACGGAGUGGUAGAGGUUGGACCUGUAGCACCAGUCGAUAAUGGUAGUACACUGGUGUGUCAGGCAAGAAAUGUUUUUGGAGUUGCAGAAGCCAGAAUGGUUGUAUACAGUCCAAGCGAUGAUCAGAACAGAGAAACUACCCUGCCAUCAGAUGUGACCGACUAUAUGCCAGUCGGCCAAGUUCUUCAGGCAACAAUCUGGCCCAAAGAACUUGAAGUCAUUCCUGGGGAGAAUGCUACGUUUGUGUGCAGCUACAGCUUGACCAUACACUCAUAUUUUCUUGCUAAUGUAGAGGUAAAAUGGGAACAUGACGAUAUUAUCACAACUGAGGCAGAAGAUAACAUUAUUUACAUUACUGAGGUUCACUUUAAAGGUUUCAAAGAGGCAACGAUCACAUGCGUUGUUACCGUGAGCACCGAUGACCACAUGAUGAAUGCAAUUCUUGAACGUAGAUCAUCUGCCACAAUAAGAAUCGGUAGAGAAAGUCCUUGCGACCCAACUGAACUUGCAUUUUCUAGUUCGACUCGAGGAGAGUCACAGUCCGACAUGAAAAAGUAUUUCAUCGGGGGUAUUGUCGCUCUCGUCGGGUUGGUGAUCAUACUCAUGAUCGUCUUGAUGUUCGUCAUGGCUCGGCAACAUAAACAUCAGAAGAAAUCUCGAUCUGACUCGGAACACUCUCCGAGCUCUCAAGUCACCUUCGACGUUAAGGAUCAAGAUGCUUGUCUGAUUGAUCGAGCAACAUACUGACCCUCGUAUUCUAGGGAAAACUUGGUCGGAACAAUGGGUCUAGGUCUAUUAGUCAGUCUGAUACAUCAGAUGGACUUCAUCAAGUCAUGUUAUGAUAUCAUUGUAGGAAGUAAUGGUACAGCAUAAAUAGUAGAACCACAAGGUACCGCUUCACUAGCUUUAAUUCUUUUUGGUUAUUAAUAUUAUCUUUAAAAUGCAUGGUGGGACUUCUCCACGUUUAAAGGAUCUGUAGAUAUGUGGGCCAACUAUGUGGGCUACCUCCGAAGUGGCUUAUUGAACAAUAAGGUUAAGAAUGAUCAACAUUCCUCUUGAGUGGUUUUUAUUCCCUUUCUGUGCACUUUUUUUAAUACCAAGUGAUUAAUUAUGUGCAUCAAUGAAUAUGGUCAACCUAUAAAAGCUAUACAUCUCAUUUCAAAAGGGUAGUCUGUAUAAUGAAGCUUCUGCUGAACUUUGGAACAAACUACUUUUAAAUGUCGAAAACUGUCAGACUGUUAACCGAUACAAAACUUGUCCUAAGACACAUUUAUUCAAAAUUGCUUUUGAUGAUUAACUUACUCUGUUCACAUUGAUGUAUAUUUUAUAU